GGCGCGAGACACUACCGUGUCUCUUGAUAGAUGUAAACCACUAUUAUCUUCAUAUAAUUCUAUAUUUAGUACAUAUUACAACUGGAUAUCUGCGGGUUAUAAAGAAAGUAAUAUAUAUAAAGAAGAAAAGGAAAUUUAUACAGAUUAUGAUACGAGUAAUAAAUGCCUGCAAAUGACUAAAAAUACGAUUUGGUUUUGUGGACAUUAUUUUCUUGCUUAUAAUCGCGCAAAGAACGGUACCAUUAAAAAGGAUGAAAAGAUUGUGGGAAAUAAUAACACCUUUAUUAAAUCUAUUGCUGUUUGCGACGAUUAUAUUAUAAGUGGCGACGUAUAUGGUAUUAUUAAACACUGGAGAAUUGAAUCAAAAAAGAAUAAAAGAAAUGAUCUUAAAUAUUCAGUAAUACAUAAUGUACAUAAAGAAAUUGAUGUCAUAGACGCAACAUCACAACACAUUAUAAUUGGUUCUGAUGAUUUAAUAAAGAUACUGAAAUAUACAGACGAUAAAAAUGGUUGUACGGAAGAAAAGCAAAUAUUUUGUGGAGUCGACGUGGAACAACCUGAAGACGACGAAAUUCAUAUAAAAUCAAUCUCAUUUGACCCUAUAGGAACAAAAUUUGCUGCUAGUUUCUAUGAUUAUAAUAAAUCAUCAACGUCGUUUCUAAUUUACGAUAUUGAAAAAAACAAUUUUAGUUAUCAUGUAAUGGAUGAAAAAUUUGGAGAGGAUUGUCACCAACUACUAUGGGAAGAUCCUCAAACUAUUCUCAUGUGUUUUGAGUAUUCUAUUAAAAAAAUGGACAUGAGAACAUCCGAAGUUGUACGUACAUGGGAUUCUUCAAAAUAUGGCUUAUCAAUGUGUUGCUCAUCAGAUGAUCGGUACACUUUUGUAACGGGAUUUACUAAGAUUGUUCUAUGGGAUCAGAGACAGAGUGAUGCCAUUCAAACGUAUACUAUAGAACAUGACGACGAUAAAGGUAUAUGUGCUCUAGAAUUUGAUAACACUCAUAUAUAUGUUGUUAAAAGCGAUGAUCUUUAUGAAUUGGACUUUACGGGAAGACACCACUUUGAUUGCAAAGAAAUAAAAAAGUUAUUUGGCAAUUUUUAUUAAAUAAAGCAAAAUCGGUUUAAAAUUUUUUUAUUAUAUUUUAUAUGUUUACAUAAUUUUAAUGAAAUCUAUACAAAUCGAGAACCGCCGUGCUGCUCAAGAUGCGAUCAGUCAAAGAGAUCAUUCGAUUUGUUUUAUCUCUUUUUGUUGUACACUCUCUUCACUGAAUUUUUUACAUGUAUAUAUUUACAUGUAUAUAUUACAUGUAUAUUUUAUACAUGUAUAUAUGUAUACUCUACACAUAUGUAUUAGGUGUACAACUUUGCUUCCGCCGUUUUCCAAUAGAAUGGCUUUAGCGGUAUGUGGUGGUGGAAAUAUACAGAUGUAGACGUCACAUACAAUAAGCUUGGGCAUUUGUCAACAUAACCCCAUCGAAACAUUAGUCGAUUUGUGUCCGCAUCGUAAAGUUAUUCUCGAUUGAAAAUGUCAGUUUACGAGCCAAAUUCUCGUCAUUUGCGGGAGGUUUUAAUUUUCUGCUUCAAUAUGAAGAAAUCUGCGGCUGAGGCUCAUCGAAUGCUCUCAAAUACUUAUGGCGAAACCGCUAUUAGUGAAAGAACUUGUCGUGAGUGGUUUCAACGCUUCAAGAACGGUAAUUUUGACAUCGAAGACCGGCAUGGCGGUGGAAGAGAGAAGGUUUUCAAAGAUGCAGAAUUGGAGGCAUUACUUCAUGAAGACUCGUGUCAAACGCAAGAAGAAUUGGCAGGAUCAUUGGGAGUGACUCAACAAACCAUUUCAAAACGCCUGAAAGCCAUGGGAAUGAUUCAGAAACAAGAAAUUGAGUGCCGUACGACUUGAAGCCGAGAGAUGUUGAACGGCAUUUGUUUGCUUGUGAACAGCUGCUUGAAAGGCAAAGACGGAAGGGAUUUCUGCAUCGCAUUGUGACUGGGAACGAAAAAUGUGUUUAUUACGAUAACCCCAAGCGCAGAAAAUCAUGGGGACUUUCCGGUCAUGCUCUGUAUUUGGUGGGACCAGCUCGGCGUAGUGUAUUAUGAGCUGCUAAAAACGUCUGAAACAAUCACAGGCGAUCUGUAUCGAAAGCAAUUAAUGCGUUUAAGCCGAGCAUUGAAAGACAAACGGCCGCAAUACAACGAGAGACACGAUAAAGUGAUUUUGCAGCAUGACAAUGCUCGACCCCAUGUCGCAAAGUUGGUCAAAACAUAUUUGGAAACAUUGAAAUGGGAAGUCCUACCCCACCCGCCGUAUUCUCCAGACAUUGCUCCCUCUGACUAUCACUUGUUUCGAUCAAUGGCACACGGCCUGGCUGACCAGCACUUACGUUUUUAUGAAGAAGUCAAAAUUGGAUCGAUACGUGGAUCGCCUCAAAAGAUGAGCAGUUUUUUCGACGCGGGAUUCGUACGCUGCCCGAAAGAUGGGAGAAAGUAGUGACCAGCGAUGGACAAUAUUUUGAAUCGUAAAUGUAUAACCAGUUUUUUACAAUAAAGCCUCAAAUGUCGAAAAAAAAACGGCGGAAGCAAAGUUGUAAUAUAUAAAAAAUAGAGGUUUUCUAACAGCCUAUAAGGAAAAGAGACAAAACAAUCCCAUUGUUUUUCUCUGUUUUUUCCUUAUGCCACACUUAUAUGAAAAGCUUGCAUCAGACGAGCCUGCAUGCAACUUGUUGCAGCAAUUCACAAGCGAUCUAGUAAAUUAAUAUAGCACAAAGAUUCAUAAAUGAUAAGGUCUGGCCAAGUUCCAAAAAAGACACUCC